CUUGAGCCUUCUUGACCCAUUUAGUGAGCAUUUUUUUUUGUUUGACGUAGUCGAUACUCUUAUCAACACGUGAUAACGAAGGAGUGAUGUUGUCGUCGAAUCCGAGCCGUUUACUUUCCCGGCCAUCGCGCGGCUUGAAUUGCCGGUACGAUAGCGAUAGCUUCUUGAACCAAUAUGACAGUACUUUCUUUCAGGUAGCUUGACGUUUUUAAAGUCUGGGAUCUUUACUUUAAGGAGAGAGGACAUCAAGUUAGGAAAUCGAUUGGUAUACUUCAACUUGUUGUUGUUGUGUAGCAGAGACACUUCUUUAGUAAAUUUGAUUGGUUUGAAAUGGCAGUCUGUCUCUAAUGUGGCGAUUGUCUCCGUCCGUCUGGUUUCUGUGAUAUGCAAAACCGGCAUUAGUUCUCCGGAACCGAUGUCUCCCGCUUUAGGAGUUGACAUUUGCUAAAACCGGUUAAAAAUUUUCCGGCACGAAAUCGGUAGAGCCGGCGAAAGGAUCAGGAAGUGCUCGAGCCGGCGCAAUUUGCCAAGUCUAUUUUUUUACAGAAGAGGGACGAUGGCGAUGACAAGCAGGCGUAGCUGGCCAUCAACGGGAAGACAAACAAGACAUCAAUUGGCUUUCGUGUUGCUCCUGGUUCUUGUAGCUGUCGGAAUCUAUGUGCCCGUCUUAGCUCUUCCUUCAUUGUCUCUGCCUCCUGAAAUACCUGGGGACGAGAAGAUGAUAAUGAUGUCAAGGAAGUUUUAUAUCAAAGAUGACAGUUUCUGGAAAGAUGGGAAUCAUUUUCAGAUCAUCGGUGGUGAUUUGCACUACUUCCGUGUUCUUCCUGAGUACUGGGAGGAUCGGCUUCUAAGAGCCAAGGCUUUAGGCCUGAAUACUAUUCAAGUAUACGUUCCUUGGAAUCUGCAUGAACCAAAGCCUGGGAAGAUGGUUUUUGAGGGUAUUGGUGAUCUUGUGUCCUUUCUCAAGCUAUGUGAUAAACUAGAUUUUAUGGUUAUGCUGCGUGCUGGACCUUACAUCUGUGGAGAAUGGGAUUUGGGGGGCUUUCCUGCUUGGUUACUUUCUGUGAAACCACGUCUCCAACUAAGGACAUCAGAUCCUGCAUAUCUUAAGUUGGUUGAAAGAUGGUGGGGUGUUCUGUUACCGAAGAUAUUUCCUCUAAUUUACAGCAAUGGGGGUCCUGUUAUAAUGGUUCAGAUUGAAAAUGAAUAUGGUUCAUAUGGAAAUGACAAAGCCUAUCUUCGUAAGCUAGUUAGUAUGGCUAGGGGACACCUGGGGGAUGACAUUAUUGUGUACACAACAGAUGGAGGGACAAAAGAAACUCUUGAGAAAGGAACUGUCCCUGUAGAUGAUGUCUACUCAGCUGUUGAUUUCACAACCGGUGAUGAUCCUUGGCCAAUAUUUGAAUUGCAAAAGAAGUUUAAUGCUCCAGGAAGCUCACCUCCACUUUCCUCGGAGUUUUAUACUGGUUGGCUAACACAUUGGGGUGAAAAGAUAGCAAAAACUGAUGCUGAAUUCACGGCAACUUCUCUUGAAAAAAUACUGUCUCGAAAUGGUUCUGCUGUGCUCUAUAUGGUGCAUGGAGGAACAAACUUUGGUUUCUACAAUGGUGCAAAUACUGGCUCUGAAGAAUCUGACUAUAAACCAGAUCUGACAUCCUAUGACUAUGAUGCUCCCAUUAAGGAGUCUGGUGACAUAGAUAAUCCAAAAUUCCGAGCUCUUCAGAGAGUGAUUAAGAAGUACAAUGUUGCAUCACACUCCAUUAUCCCCUCCAAUAAGCAACGGAAAGCGUAUGGUCCUAUCAAGAUGCAGAUGACAACUUCGCUGAUUGAUUUAGUUAGUAUGGCAGAUCCUGCAGAUGUGAUCAUCUCCGCCAACCCAAUUUCAAUGGAAUCUGCUGGACAGAUGUUCGGAUUUGUUUUAUAUGAGUCUUCAUACAUCGCAAAGAAGAGUGGGAAUAUACUAAGAAUACCCAAGGUUCAUGACAGAGCUCAAGUUUUUGUUUCAUGUCUUUCCCAAGAUGUGGGAGUACUGAGAUACAUUGGUACAACUGAGAGAUGGAACAACCAACCUGUUUCUCUUCCAACUAUUGAGUGCACCACAAACACGAGCUUAUUUAUUCUGGUUGAAAACAUGGGUCGUGUAAACUAUGGGCCAUAUAUCUUUGAUGAGAAGGGUAUACUGUCUUCGGUAUAUCUAGAUGGUCAAAUUCUCCAUGGAUGGAAGAUGAUACCAAUUCCGUUUCACAACCUAAAUCAAGUGCCAAAUAUCAGUUUCGAGAUGCAACAUACUAAAAAGAGAAAUGUCGUCGGUCAAAAGGAACCAGCUCUGUUUGCUGGUGAGUUCUCUAUCAACACUACAGAAGAAAUCGAAGACACGUACUUAUCAUUCAACGGUUGGGGUAAAGGAGUUGCUUUUAUCAAUGAAUUCAACAUUGGAAGAUAUUGGCCGUCUGUUGGACCACAGUGCAACCUCUAUGUUCCUGCGCCGCUUCUUAAGCCUGGCAAAAAUACUUUGGUAAUUUUCGAGUUGGAAUCUCCGCAUCUCGAGCUUUUACUGGAGUCAGUGGAUCAAGAAGACUUCGUAUGCGGUUCUUAUGAUUCCAAAGUUAGUCAGUAGUAGUCGCUCAGUUCAUCCUGAUUCCAUCUAUCUCUUCCUUCCUUAGUCACCCACAGAAGUUACAGAUACAACCAAAAGUUACAGUGUUAACCAAUCAUAUGUUGAUGAUAAAGAAUUUAAAGUUACCUAAAAAAAAAUUGUGUCCAAAAACA